CCCCUCACUGACAGAUUCUGUGUGUUCGCUGGUUGAAUGCUUCCUCAGCCUGCCACAGGCCGUAACAAAUGUGUGUUCACAGACCACUUUCCUUGCACGCUGGUUUCAGAUUUGAGCAUCGAUGCCAUGGAUGUAGCAGGAGAGCAGCAGCUGGAUGUGGAGCACAAUCUGUUUAAGCAACGUUUAGAUAAAGCUGGCAAUCGUGUGACUCCAGAGGCCGAGCGACACGAGCUGGGGAAGGAAGAAGUGGUGUUCGAUCCAAAUUCUUUGGAUGCCAAUCGUUGCGAGAGCUGUUAUGGGGCAGAGUCAGAGGACAUUCGGUGUUGUAAUACUUGUGACGAUGUCAGAGAAGCAUACAGGCGGCGAGGCUGGGCCUUCAAGAACCCGGAUAGCAUAGAGCAGUGCAAGAGGGAAGGGUUUAGCCAGAAAAUGCAAGAGCAGAAGAAUGAGGGCUGCCAAGUGUAUGGUUUCCUAGAGGUCAACAAGGUAGCUGGAAAUUUCCACUUUGCACCAGGAAAAAGUUUCCAACAGUCUCAUGUACACGUGCACGCUGUUGAGAUUCACGAUCUGCAGAGCUUCGGACUUGAUAAUAUCAAUAUGACGCACUAUAUCAAACAUCUCUCAUUUGGAAGGGAUUAUCCGGGCAUUGUGAACCCUCUGGAUGGGACAGAUGUCACUGCACAGCAAGCUUCCAUGAUGUUUCAGUAUUUUGUGAAAGUGGUCCCCACGGUGUAUAUGAAAGUAGAUGGUGAAGUUGUAAGGACUAACCAGUUUUCAGUUACACGACAUGAGAAGAUAGCCAAUGGCCUACUAGGAGACCAGGGUCUGCCUGGUGUAUUUGUGCUAUAUGAGCUUUCACCCAUGAUGGUGAAGCUGACAGAAAAGCACAGGUCCUUUACACACUUUCUCACGGGAGUUUGUGCCAUUAUUGGAGGCAUAUUUACAGUUGCAGGAUUCAUUGAUUCCUUGGUCUAUCACUCAGCAUGUGCCAUCCAGAAGAAAAUUGAACUUGGGAAGACCACAUAAAGAAGCAAUGACCUCACCCCACAAAAAAAAUCUACAGAGAAAUAAACACAGGUGAUCUUCUGAGUGCACAAGAGGUUUGGAGUUACCAGAUGGCCCUGACCACUCUUAUUUUACUGCCCCAUUGUUCUUUGUUUGGCAUUAAUUUGUGAAUGGAACCGCUUGAACCUUGCUGCUAUAAAGAUUAGCAGUCUUGUCUGUCUGUGCAGACCCUACUGACCCUUUUGUAUCAGUCCAUGUUCGUCCAGUUCUGUCCCCCUCCCCAAAAGAGAUGCUGGAUGGAGAUACUGCAUUCUCUUUGCUUCCAGGAAUAAUGUACUGUAUUGUCAUGAGACCUGGAAUGAAAUUGCCAUCAAAUAAGCUUUCUAGCAAGACCAUCUAGCUUUUUAAGUUUUUGUUAAAUGUGUUUCUGAAUGUGCUGAUGCUGUAUGCCAGACCUCUGUGAAAAUGUGCUGAACCCCAUGUGCUUUCCCUUCAGUUGUCCUGGGCAACGUGGUGAGACCUAGCACUUAGAAUGUGCUUAGUGUACCAUGAGGCAUUGCAGUUGCUCCAGAUGGCUCUUCCUACAAAAGGUGCAAGUUGAUGUUUCAGCAAAAAAAAAGUGUUUGGAGUUCUAAUUUUUAAAUUGGAUUGUGCUUUUCACUUCCCCCUUGAAAUAAAAGUCCAUCCUCUCUGUGUUUUGGUAAAGCAUUUGGAAGAGUAAUGAAAUUAUUUGAACUAAUCCUAGUAUUGAAUUGGAAAUUAUAGUUAAAAAACAUACCUGC